AUGGUCACAUGACAUUGGGGAAAUGGGCUUUGCGGAACCUGGACACUGUUUACACAAGGCAGAGAAGAAUUCACUUGGUCAACCGCAAACUGUCUGUGAAACAUGACGAAGACCUUCAUACUCGCCCUCAGCCUGUUACCAUGGAUCCCAGCCUUCCUCUGCAAGGUAACCACCGUGGGAGAAUAUUCAGUCCUGGAGGGAGAAUCCCUCUUAGUCCCCUGUCAUUAUGAGCCUCAGUAUGCCAGCUAUGUGAAAUACUGGUGCCAGGGGAGCAUGAGGGAGUUCUGCACCAGCUUAGCCCGUACAGAUGACCCCCGUUCGGCCAAUCCAGUUGAGGACAAAGUGAGCAUUUUUGACGACCCGGUCCAGCUGGUGUUCACUGUGACCAUGAACAACAUGAAGGAGGGGGAGUCUGGGUGGUACAUGUGUGGCGUGGAGGUAGGCGGUGUGUGGAGCGCUGAUGUUGUCACUUUCACUAACGUCAAGGUCAUUCAUGGUAUGUCAGUGGUGAACAGCCAAGUGAGUGGGGAGGAAGGGAGCAGUGUCACAGUCGAAUGCCUCUACAGUGAGAGAUACAGAGAAAUUGAGAAGAAGUGGUGUCGGAGUGGAGACUGGAGCUCCUGUGUGCUGACAGGUUCUGACGGGAGCUACGAAGACACUUCAGUGGCCAUCAGCGAUGACAGAACUAGGACUUUCACUAUAACCUUAAAGGACCUGCAGUUGAGAGAUACCGCCUGGUACUGGUGUUCUGCAGGACAGGAGAAGAUAGCCGUGCAUGUGGUGGUCACACCUCGACCCUCGACAACAGCGGUGCCUACGACAUCCCCACCAACACCAACUCAAUCUGUUGCACACCUGCCCCCACCCAUAUCCAUCACCAUGGAGUCCUGGAACACUCACAGUCACAUCUUGGAGACCUUGGUGGUGUGUUCUUGUUUAAUGCUCCUCGUGGGCAUGGCCAUACUGGUGAGAAAGUUGUGGAAACUGCACAAUCAUCCAUAUCUGGAGCAGGAUCCAGUGCUGGGAGGAGUUAAGUUAGAGAAAGGAAGGAUCAAUAAUUACUCGGGGGAUAUAGGUAAUUCUGCUGUCAUCUUCCCGAACAGGCAAUCCCAGGAUGUACAUAUCGCCUGAGCCUAGUCAGAGCAGUGUAUUGUUUCUUUUUGAAACCAAAUGUAAUUUUUGUGUUAGUUUACUGCACAUGCACAUGCUUUAUUUCCACUGUCUUCAUAACACCACAUUUAAAGACAUUAAUGAUGAUUUCUGCUUGCUACUUUCUAUAUGCAACUGGUAUAGGUUGAAGAUCUUAGAAGUGUAUAGUCUCCUGUAAUUCAAAUUUACAGAAAUAUAAUCAUGCGUACUUUGGUUAGAAGCAGUGCCGUAACUACCACUAAAGACACUGAGGUCAUGUCAGAGUUUUACGCUUAAAACCACCGUACACAUGGCAUUUUUUAGGCCAGUUCCACAAUUUCUUGUUCGGGUAUAUUUAAAUUUAAAUAAAAAAUUUAAAAUAUAUGAAAAUAAAGGGAAAAUAAAGUAGUAGUGCUGGAUUAUAUAGGUCCAUUAUCUAAUGGAUCUAUGGGGAAAAAAACGUAUAGGGAAAAGAGACUAUGUUUGUUAUUGUCAUUUGAGUUUAACUUGGAAUAACUCAUUUUUCGCCACGAAUAAGCACACACAAGUGACCUUUUCAGUCAGUAUGGCAAACUUUUUAGCUAAUCACACAUUCACAGCAGAUGUGAAGAAACAUUAUCUUUCAUUAGGAGUCGUGUCCCUCUGAUGAAUGUUAAUACCUACUGUCGACUCUCCUUUUAAACGUGGUCUGAUCUCCGCUAACUCCUGUGGGAAAUAUGUGGCUCUUUAGCUGCUGAAUGCUCCACUAUGUUUACUAACUUAGCAAAGUAGCUAACCAUGUCUGUCUGCCAUUUGGUACGAGAGUGAAAAGCUGCAGGCCAUAAAACCAAAACACAGUAAAAAUACGCUACAAAGCUAGAAGUAGAGCUGAGGGGAAAAGUAGAGUGUGAUAUGUACAUUUUGUUUUCCAGAGGAAUUUUGAUUUGAUGAGAAGUUAUCAAUGUGCACAGACCAAAAUACCUCUGGACACAAAUGGAUGGACCUACAACCAAACAGCAACCAAACAUGUGAUGUAGCGCAUUUGGUACAUUAAACUUACCAAUGGUCGGAGGUAUGGCAAGCACACCUUUCUUAUUAAUAAAAGUUUAAAGUGCUGUUGUUUGUUCUAACUUUAGAGAAAUAUAACAUCCAGCUUGCAAAAGAAACAGACACAACAGCGGCAGCCAAUUGGUUGUGUACGAAAAUGCCUCAAUGGCCAAUAAAGUUGCAGUUCAGCUACUGGAUAAACCAAAAAAUAAAAGAAAAUAAUAGAAUAACUAAAAUAUGCAGAAUACAAAAUAUUAAAACAUUUUAGAAACUUUCUUUGUGUCUCUGGGGGUGCUGGGAGGGACAUCAACUCAUGACCUCAGUAUCUAAAACCGUGGUUACAGCCCUGCUCGGAAGUCUACAUAUUCACAGUAUGUAAUGAAUUGUAUUUUAAUUGUAUAAACAGUUAAAGGGGAACUUUGCAACUAUUUCAGCUUAAUAAACCCGAUAGAAAUCAUUUGGAUGGUUAAAUGGCCUGUUCCAAUGAAAAUGGUGACUUUCCCCGCUCCCCCUAGAGUCCCCAGGUGGAAAACCAACCUUGCAACUUUGGGAUUACCGUCCCGUUAAGUUGGAAAUAGGAAGUAUCGUGAGAAGCGAGAACGAGCGAGAAACACAAACUGCUUUACGGCAAUUCCACAUAAACACACACGCCCCCCUCAAUACCGGUUAGCCACGCCAGCUAUAAGAACAAGCAACGACGAAUGUAUUACCCACCUCGGUAGACAUUGCUCCACACGAAAAAGUUGCCCGGCAACAAAUGCACAUCAGCAGCGGUAGAAAGGGGGAGGAGGGUGCCGCAAGUGAGUUUUUUUACGACAGUGUUUUGAAAUAUACGUCCCAGAGCUGUAGGGGGAGCUCGCUGAGAAAACAUGCGACGACAAAAGUGAAAACCAACGAAGAAAUGGCUAGAGUUGCCAAGUUCCCCUUUAACACCAAUCAUGUUACUCAAGAAACAACAUACCCUUCAGGUGUAGUGACUACAAUGACCAUGCACACUGACUACAGCUGGUUUAAAGUUGGUGAAAAUUGUUCUCAGAUCCAAACUGCUGUUUGUUGCCUCUGAGUGUUGCAAAGAAAUUCCAAUGUGAAUUAAUAAUACGUGCAAGAUGGUAAAUCUGUCUGCAUGAAAAGCCCGAGGGACUGACAGAAGAACAUUUUCAGCUUUGGUUGAUAUUUUAGUAGAACUAGACUGCUAGGUUUAUUUCAUAACAAGAUAACAAUGAUGGCUAAUUAUUACAUUUAGGCAUGAAUACACUCUACAAAUUGUAGAAGCAAAUUCAGAUACACAAACACUGUUGCGAGACGUACUUAUUUUAAGAAAGAAGUGAGCAAACGAAGACAGGAACCAUUAGGAGGAGUUCACAAAUGAGAACAGCUCUACAUUUCAUGCUUGAACUGUCUGUUCUCGUACUGAAUCUCAAUUGACGUGUUAGAAUUGUAAAUUGAACAAGCUAAUAAGACCACCAAUACAGCAGUGGAACCAACUAGAGCUUGGAACUCUUAGUAAUAACUUUGUCUCACCUUCAUAUGAGGAAAGGCCAUCGUCUUGUUUGUGAAUGUUUAGGAAAAAUAAAAUAUCAAAGCUUCAGCGUUC